AUGGCCCCUCGGGGUCCCAUUGCGCUCCCUCGCCUGGGCUCCGCGGCAGUCGCAAUAGUAUUAAAACCUGGCGUACCCCGGGCACCUCCGCGUGUCUUGAAACGUGAAAGUUCCAGAUCAACUACUGUUAUAUGCUGCACUAUUUCAGUGUUGAAAGGAAGCCUUGCUGUUAGCUUAAUCAACUGGGUCCCUCCAAUCGCGACGCCACCUUCACACCCCUGCUCGACUUCCACAGUCCCCGUGGCCCCCAACCGUCUUACCCUCCUCCAUCUCACUAUCGAAAGAGAUCUCAUCGCCAUCAAAGAAUUAACCACCGCCUAUCCUGCAGCAAAAGAUUGCCUCACUCUACAGAACGAUGCCCUGACCUGA